AUGGUUUUACUACUCUCACAAAAACUAGAAUUCCAGUACAUCCAUUUGAUCCCUAGUGCCCAUACUCGUACCGUUCAGUCGAUCAAUUGGUCUCCCAAGGGUGACCUCUUGGCCUCUGGUUCAUUUGACUUGACAGCUUUGAUUUGGAACAAUCACAAAUUCAAUCAAAGACUUGAUCAAGCCGAUGCUCAGGACUUGGAAGACAACCCAGGAAGAGCUAGAUCGCCCAUCCUUGAUAGCAAAGUCAAAGGAGUCACAUGGAACCAGAACGGAAAUCUGUUGGCAACCUGCUCUCAGGAUAAGAGUUUAUGGAUCUGGGAGAUCCAGGUCAGAAGUGAGUUGCAGGAUCAUCAGAACAUGAUCCAGGAUGAUGAAGGCUACAAAGUGAGCUCAGUCUUAAUGGAAAAUGAGCAAGACGUCAAAUCG